AUGGCCCCCACGCGUGCCCAGCGGCUGCAGCCUGCCACUGGCAGCGCCAGCCUGCGGCUGGGCCUGGCCCUGGCAAUGCUGGCGGCCACGUCGCUGCCGCAGCGUGCGGCCGCCGUCAAGGGCAUCUCCGACUGGAGCCCAGGCCUCAUCACCCACUUUGGCGGCAAGCAGGACGGCAUGGACCCCAGCUCCCCCUCCUUUGGCACCAAGGAGGGCUCCUGCGGGUACGGCGUCAUCCCCAAGGAGCAGUACCCCUACUUCUCCACCGCCGCCCUGGCCCCCUCCAACAAGUUCUACAAGGCGGACGAGCUGCACGGCUGCGGCCAGUGCUUCCAGAUCCAGUGCGCGGACAGCCGCGGAGGCGUGUGCAAGACGGACGACGCGGGCAAGCCGCUGAGCGUGAUGGUGAUGAUCAGCGACGAGUGCCCCGAGUGCGGCACAGACCACGUCGACGUGCAGUCCCUGGCCUUUGCCAAGCUGGCCAACCCCGACAUCGGGCGCAUCACCAUGCAGUACCGCCGCGUGGAGUGCGCGCCACCCGAGGACAUGCAGGUCUCUGUCAUGGACUUUGGCGGCGCCGGCAAGUGGAUCCGCCUGGCCAUCGACGAAACAGGGGGGCGUGCCGCCGUCAAGAGCGUGGCGGUCAAGGGCUCCGGCAGCAGCAGCUGGACCGAGAUGACCAACUCCUGGGGUGCCACCUGGGAGCACCCCAGCGCCCCCGCCCCGCCCCUCUCCUUCAAGAUUGUGGGCGACGACGGCGAGGAGGUGGUGGCCGCCGACGUGGUGAAGCAGAACGGCGGCAUCAGCGGCGGCGCCAACGGCGAGCGCGCCACCUUCUCCUCCAACGUCCAGUUCACCAUCACCGACCCCGCAUUUGGCAAGUCGGUCACCGCCUUUGACGGCCCCUCUGAUCCCAUGCUCAUCACCUCUGACACCCCCGGCGCCGACGGCUCAGCCGGCGGCGAGGGUGCCAGCCCCGCCAACUCCUCGGCCAAUGCCACCGCACCCGCCGCCCCAUCCUCUGCCAACGCCACCGCAAAGGGCAGCCCCGCCGCCGAGGGCAAGCCCUCCUCUGCCUCCGCCUCCGCCUCCUCUGGCUCCUCCGGGAAGUGCCGCGACCAGCCCACCCCCGACGGCCACAGCUGCGCCCAGCAGAAGCAGUGGGGCAAGUGCGAGCAGGACUUCAUCAAGGUCAACGGCUACUGCGCCGCCACGUGCGGCCGCUGCGGCGGUGCCGACUCCGGCAAGAAGGUGCAGGCGUACGCCGGGCCCGCCAACUCGGGGCGCAAGAUGCUACUGCGCCGGUAG